AUGUCGAUGACCCCUAGCACUCGUCUAGAGUACCUGGCCAAGCGACAAAAUCUCAUCCAGGAGGAUCGCGCGAGGAGAGUAGACCGAAAUGCCGUAUACAGGUCAUCUCCUGAUGAACUUCGUGCCGACGAGCUUAUCCGGCGUAUCCGCAAGGACGAGGGCGAAAGUAUCUGGGGCAAGCAGCAGCUACAUGGUUCAGAACAGCUCUUUCCAGGCAUGGAGUUCCUGACCUCUCGCGAAAAGAUAGUCGGCACCAAAGUAUAUGACAUUCUGAGCCAUAUGCCCAAAGGAGGGCUCCUACACCUCCACCUAGGUAUGGUCGUUCAAGUGGACAAAGUGCUCCGGAUGGGGCUCAAGUACCCUGCCAUGCACGUCCGCACCUCUGCUCUACUGACCGCCGAUAACCUCACGACGGUGCUCCCAAUCUUCCGGGCUCUCCCCCAGGACAAGUGGACGACGCACGCCAGCCUCACCGACCCACUCUACGUACCAGAUUCGUGGGUCCCUAUCCAGAGGGCGCGCAAGAACUUCAGCGAGGCAUUAGGCGGCCCCGAGGGCUUCGAUCGCUGGGUGACGGACUGGAUGGUUAUCAACCCAUCUGAGGCUUACGGCACUCACAACUCCCCGGACAAGAUUUGGUCCAAGUUCUACGCGACGUCUAUGGUUUCUCAGGGACUAAUCUUCUUUCUCCCGCUUUGGGAGGAGUAUGUCCGCGAGGUUUUCCUCUCCUCCUUGGAGGACGGCAUCUCUUACACGGAGCCGCGCUACAUGUUCGGUGAAAAAUUCAUGAUCGGCGCGGAUGGCAAGAAGAACGUCCCCCACCACGAGUGGCUCCGCGUCUAUGACCGCGUUAUCGCCUCCGUGAAGUCUACGCUCCGCGACCCCUCCGUGUUCCUCGGGUCCAAGCUCAUCUACUCGGUCGUGCGCAACCUGUCCCUCGAGGACAUGGAAUGGCACCUCGAUAACUGCCUCGCGCUCAAGCGCGAUUUCCCGCACCUCAUUGCGGGGUUCGACCUCGUCGGGCACGAGGACUCGCUGAAGCCGUUGAUUUAUUAUGCGGAGCCCUUCCUCAAGUUUUUGGAGAAGCAGAAGGAGCUGGGGGUGCAUGUCCCGUUCGUGUUCCAUGCAGGGGAGACCCUUGGAGAUGGGAGCGCGGCAGACAUGAAUUUGUAUGAUGCGAUUUUGUUAGGGACGAAGCGCAUAGGGCACGGCUUCUCGCUCAUCAAGCACCCGCGACUGAUGGAGCUGUGCAAGGAGCAGAAGAUCUGCGUCGAGGUCUGCCCUAUAUCCAAUGAGAUAUUGCGUUACUGCGGCUCCAUGCCGAUGCAUCCCCUGCCUGCACUCAUGAACCAAGGCGUCCACGUUGCCCUAUGCUCGGAUGACCCGGCCGUGUUUGGUAACAUGGGGCUUUCCUUCGACUUCUUCCAGAUAUUCGUCGCGAGCGAUAUCCAUGGCCUCGGGACGCUUCGAGAGCUUGUGUGGGAUAGUAUCCGGUACUCCGGCCUGGACGAAGACGAGAAGGGGCACGCCUUCGCUAUGCUGGAAGGGCAGUGGAACACCUUUGUGAAGUUUAUUCUCGACAAGUAUGGCAAAGACUCUGCGAGAGGGCAGCCUUGA